UGAUCUGUUUCUGACAGAUUUCAGCUUUGUUCAAUUGGGUUGUCGAUUUAUCAUUCAGUGUUCAUAUAUGGAAGCUGUUGAGGGAAGAUCUUCUUCUGGAUAUGGCAAACCUCCAUGGGUAUUUAGAGGCAGUGCCUGGUAUCAACUCCAUCUUGUGAAAGCAGAGAAAGCUCGAGCAUACAUUCCCAAAGAAUUCAAAUUGGUUGAAGCCUUUGGAUACACUCUUGGUGGUUUCUUUCUAGCAAGUUAUGAGGACAGUCCAGUUGGUGUCUUUGAUGAGCUUGUUGUGAUCGCAGGACUUGUAUGGAACCGCCCAACAUCCUGCGCAUGGGCAACAAGGGUGUACGUGAACAAUGAUGACGCCUGUUGUCACGGAAGAAAGGAGGUUGGGCUUCCAAGCCAGAUGGCUAGGUUUUCCAAGACAAUCACAGCAAUCUCAAGACAACAGAGUGGCAAAAAGAGUGAAUUUCUUCAUAGGAUUGGAAUUGGUGCCAAGUUCUCUAGUCCAAAGGAUCCCCUGAAUGUUGAAGUAACCAAAGUCAAAUGUGCUGAUGCAGAAGAAGCAUGCAAUAUUAACAUCAGUCUCACCAGUCCUGUGCCUUCUUUGAGCUUUGACCACAGGUUAGGCCCAAAAAUCAGAAUGUCACUUCCAAGUUUUAGUGGAGCUACAGAGUAUAAUCCUAACCUCCUCAAAUACUCUUGCCAGAUUGAAUGCAGGGUGCAAGCAUUGAAACCGUUGAAGGUAUCACAAUCAUUCACUUCAACAAAUGAUGGAGCUGAACAAAUUUUAGAAGAUCAUGGAAGAAGCAGCUGCCUUGUGGGUGAAAAUCAUAAAACUGAAGCACAGAAUUUCAGCACUUGUGUGAUGUUAUCAAAACCCUUACUAGCACUAAAGUUUAGUCAAUUGAAGAUGCAGGUUGAAGCACCCCUUGUGCUUUCCCAGUGCUCAAAUUCUUUACAAACUACUGUAAGUUCUGUUCCAUAGGUAGCACUGUCUUUCAGUACAGAAAUUAUUUGUUUCAUCCUUUAAACUCUAACGUUUAUUCAUCUCA